AUGGACCGACGAACUUCGUUCCUCUGCUUGUCGAUCUCCUUCCUGCUCUUCCUCUCCUCCUCGCCGCAAUUCACGCCGCGCGUGGCGGCGCAAGCGGGAUACUCCGGGCGGCUCGCUUAUCUGCGGAUCGCUGACGCGUUAAAGAGCAAGGGCUACUCGAUCGCGCUCGACGGUCUUGGCAUCUCGGGACUGAACGACACGCUGAUCAAGCUCCUCCCGACGAGAAACGUGACGAUUCUCGUCCCCACUAACGGCGCGUUUUACAAGCUGACGGCGGCGCCGUGGAAGGGGCUGAAAAAGACUCCCGACAAGCUCCGUCAGAUCCUCGCGUACCACACGCUGCGCACGCGGAUGCGCUUCUUGGAGAUUAAAGAGCUGUCGGUUGGAACCACGGUAAGGACGGGGCGGGCGGGGCGGUGGAGGAACGGUGGACGACGCGCUCUCUAUUUCCUUCUUCAUCCUCGCUUCCCCUCUCUUCAUUUCCCGCUUUCACCCUCUCUCUCCGUCCGAAACCACAUGUAUUUUCAACUCGCUCCCUCUCCCCCACAUCCCCACCAAUCGCAGGUCCCUACCCUAGACUUCGAGUUUACCAUGGCACGAAUCAAGGAUACGCGCCCGAUCAUGGGUGCCAAAGGGUCGAGAAUUGGCGCUUUGAUUAUCGACCCGAAUGUGUACUCAGAUCCGCGCGUGAUGAUUCACGGUGUGAACAUGGUGGUUAUGCCACCCAAGCUGUACUAG